GCAAUGUCACUCUUUAUCCACUAGGUGUCGCUCCGUUCGUCUGUGUGUCAUGCUGCAUGCAUUAUUCUCAAAGAGAACUGGAACAACCAUUCUCUUCUGUUUUGUACUCAAUCUGUACUGCAAUAUUCAGUGCGAGAUUAGAUAGGUUUAGAUAAGAGGAUACGCGCGUUUAAAUCAAAUCUCUGACCUAUGGUGCACUGUCGAUUUGUGUAGCUUCACUAUUAAUUCAGUGUGUGAAGUUUAUGUUUGGACCUUUCCAUCUUUGCGGACCAUAACACGAAGGAAGCGGAAAUUAACAGCUCUCUUGCUUUUCCCGGAGCUACUCCGGAGUCGGGAAAAUUAACUGCAACCGUAAGCCCUAUGAACAUGAUUUUACUGUUGUUAAAAUGAAGUAUUUCUAUGUAGUUCUUUAUUUCACUGCGUAAGGGGGAUCGGAGAGGGAGAGACUGCACUUCUGUGCGCUGGGUUGACAGCACCCAGACAAGGAAGAUCUGUCACUCCACGGUCAGCAGUGACAAGGACAGAUAUUAGGAGAUUGAAUCAUAUCAGUCAGGGCUGUUAUUCUGCCUGUAGAAGCACUUCCUUUUGGAGCUUUAUAUCUGUCUCGCAUCCACACAGCCCAUGCCAUGGAGGCAAUAGCUAAAUACGAUUUCAAAGCUACUGCAGAAGAUGAAUUAAGUUUCAAGCGAGGAGAGAUUUUAAAGAUUUUAAAUGAAGAAUGUGACCAGAACUGGUACAAGGCAGAACUUAAUGGAAAAGAGGGAUUCAUCCCUAAAAAUUACAUAGAAAUGAAGCCACACCCCUGGUUUUAUGGGAAGAUUCCCCGCGCAAAGGCAGAAGAAAUGUUAAAUAAACAGAGACAUGAUGGAGCUUUUCUCAUUAGAGAGAGUGAGAGUGCACCUGGAGACUUCUCGCUGUCUGUCAAAUUUGGUAAUGAUGUCCAGCACUUCAAAGUCUUACGGGAUGGAGCAGGAAAAUACUUCUUGUGGGUGGUCAAAUUUAACUCGUUAAACUCUUUAGUGGAUUAUCAUCGGUCCACUUCUGUGUCCAGGAAUCAGCCCAUUUUCCUCAGGGACAUUGAACAGGUACCACAGCAUUCCACAUAUGUUCAAGCUUUGUUUGACUUUGACCCUCAAGAGGAUGGAGAGCUGGGUUUCAGGCGUGGAGAUUUUAUCCAGGUCCUGGACAACUCGGAUCCUAAUUGGUGGAAGGGGGCUUGUCACGGACAGACUGGAAUGUUCCCUCGUAAUUAUGUCACACCUGUCAAUCAAAACAUGUAACUUGCAGAGAAAAUGUUUGCUUGCUUAAAGCACCUGUGGACAUGGAGCUGGGUUGCCAUGGAAACAGAAACCACAGAGUGAUGGAGAGAAAAGGCUCAAUUGGUGACGUGGAUGUCGAUUGGCCAGAAAAAUAAAGACUGUGCUGUUUGGAGUGGUUGACAUUUUAAGGAGGAAAAGUGCUCCGGACUGAUAUUUCAUUCAUGUACUGUGUUUCACAUCAACUUUGCUUUAUAUGCAACUUUAUUUCAUGUUAUAUGAUAUCAGCUGUACUAAUGAAAAAUUCUAUUUUAUGUGAAGGAAAUUCACAAUAUCACAAUCACAAUACUGGUACAAUUUUGCACCAGGAUUCAUUUUAAAUACCAUGUUAUGCUUGAUUUGCAUUGUUUAAAUGCUUUCAUGCUUGAUUUUUGUAUUCGUCUUUUGUCAUCUUUCCAGAAGUAGUGUUACUAUGUUAUUUGGUGUGGGAUUGUCGAGCAUAAUUUCAUCAUGCCAUGUAAUUUAUUUUCCAUAGUCAAAUGAACUUACAUGUAGUCAUCUUUUUGUCUUAAAAGGAUAGUUCACCCAAAAAUGAAAAUUCUGUCAUUAUGUUAGGGUGACCAUACGUCCUCUUUUUCCUGGACAUGUCUAAGAUCAUUUGUCUAAGAUUUGCAUUGGUUUGACUGUUGUCUGUAGAUUCCACCUUCUCCAAGCACAUAGAAGCAUCCGCCAUCUUGGAACGGUUAACUUGACAUAAUUCACCAUAUUGUGGGUUCGCAGACCAAUGGCUGUGCAGGAUUGUGGCAUCUUGGAAUAUUCAUUGAUUACUAUGGUGAAUGACGUCAAGUUGAUCAUUACAUAUGGCGGAUAGCUUGCGUAGCCUAUAGCGGCCUGUAGAAACAGUUGCUAAUGAGACAUCUGUGUGUGUGUGUAUAUAUAUAUAUAUAUAUAUGAGCGCCUAUAUAGUGUGUGUGACAACAAAGUACCACGAGAGUGAUUCGACAGAAUGCUGAGCAUCUGCUCUCUAUAGCUCUCGCAGUACUUUGAUGUCAAACACCGAUAAGUCUGCGCAGCGCCGCUUCAAGCCAAACACACCUGCAACCUGGACAAUUUAGAAAUCCCAGCCAGGACAUGUCUGGGAAAAAGAGGACGUAUUGAUGAGUAAUUUAUGUACUCAUCCUCAUUUGUUCCACGUGUGCAAAUUUUUUCUGUAGAAAAAAUAUUCAAAAUGUGUUUAUGGAAUAUGGAUAUUUGUGUUGCAGGUUUGGAACAUCAUGAAGGUGAUAAUUUUGGGUAAACUGUCCCUUUAAAUAAAAAUAGCUUGAAAAUAAUGCAAUGGUGCCAAAGCCUCUGUAGCAGAUCAAUGAGCAAAUGUAACAAAUUUGGAGCAUUUCAUGAAGCCCUUUAAAAUGGCACGGGUAUAUGAUUGUAUUUGGGAUUUUCAUAGAGUAUGUUGGUUACUCUAGAUUAUUCCUGAAAAAAUGAAACAGAAUAAAGAUAUUUCCAGUGCACUUGUACAGAUCUUUUUUUGUGUGAAAAAAAAAAGAAUGAAUUGUUUGAAUAUCAAACGUUUGAUAUAUCUGCUUAGUAGUGAACAAAAUUCAAUGAUCUGGACUUUGUGCCAUCUAGAAUGAUGCCAUAUAACUGUGCUGACAAAGGGCUGAACUUGCUCAGAUGGUAUGCAUUUUGUUAUAAUGUCAUGAAAGUUGUAAUGUCAUUAAAGUUCCUUGCCACACUUUACGGGGGCAUUAGAUGCCUCUUUUUGAAACUGAGGGCUGUAUAAUGUUCAUGAUGUCAUUUGAGGAUGUUUAUUUUUGUUUCUGUUUUUGAGUUUCAGUUUUUCUUUAUGUGGCCCUGGUUUACUAAAAGAAAACAAUCAAGUGUAUGCAUCUGUAAGCCACUUUUGAAUGCUGAACUAUUAUGUUUUUUAUCUUAAAAGUAGAAAGCUAAUAUACAUCAAAGAAUUGUAGCCAUUCAGUUUCUUUCUACUUGUCAAGGUCAUUUUUCUUCAAAUUCAAUUUAUUUUUUAAAAUGUUUGAUGUAUGAUGAGUUGUGUUGCUUGUACACUUAGAAGUGAGAUGUGUAUAUACGUCUGUCAUAAUGGAAUGAUGUUUUGUGUUGAUACUAAACCAUUUCAUCAGCUGCAGUAAUCCUCAAUAGAAAUAUACAUGGCAUCUGUUUGCUGUCUGAAAAGUGCAGUUUCAUAAUGCUGGAGUUUAUGUACACCUGCACAAUGUAGAUUAUGAGUGAAAUAUAUUUCAUAACAUUUA